AUGAGUGGAUUGGAAGCUGUGCAAAGACGGAAGAAUGGCUCAAUUGGGAAAGCGAGGAACACAAACAAACGUAUGGUUGUCACUACGACUCAACAGACAAUUAUCACUCGACGUACCGUCACCGUCUCCCGCAUCGUGUCAUAUCAAAUUGAUUUUGGAAAGCUAUUACGGAAAGUUCGAAACGAUGGAUUAGCCGUACGCAACUUCAUCUUGCAGAGAUUCAACAUCAAUUUAUCUGACAAGCAAAACCGCUUUCAAAGUACCACGGCGUUUACGGAACGAAAGUUCUUCAAAUCUGAUCAUGUUAAAAAGGUGCACGUGGAUGUCUGGGUUACGGCAGUCACUCUGUGGAACAAGAGAAUAAAACCAAGCGUACUGAAGAAAGAAGAUAAAAGAAGGCACUGUAAUCUUAUUACUCUCAGCUAUGUCAAGAAAUAUAUUUCGUUCCAGAAACACGAUGGGCAGUUCACCUUGGACGCCGAAUUUGUUAGACUACUCGGCUUUGAAUCUUCCAAAGACUUUGAACAAGCAAUUAACGUCUACAUCAAAUCGAAACGCGUAUCUAAAUUGGACAUCCACGUUAUUUACACUGCCGUUUCUUUCUGGUAUUUGUGCUUGGUUGCUGAAGAGUUUAUCCUGUCGUUCCAAUCCAGCACUUCUGAUGAACGACUUAAAAAACUCGACAAGUCUCAUCGUUUCGGUCUUUAUCACAUCAUUCCUCAGGGCUCUCUUAUUGAAGCACAAAAGUGGAUGGAUAUCAUCGUACACAAAAACGGGAAACAUGGAUUAGUGAAUCAAUUAAUGAUGUACACAGAA